GGACAGCCGAGGGGCGGGCACACUGCUGAGGCGCGGUGAUGGCGGCUAUGGCUGGUGUUGGAUCGCAGCGGUGCCGGCGGUUGGAGGCUGAGACAGCUCGGGCCGUGCUGGCAGCCGCCGACACGCUGCUCUUCGACUGCGAUGGCGUCCUGUGGCGGGGUGAGGUGGCGGUGGACGGCGCGGCGGCGGCGCUGGGUCGACUGGCGGCGGCGGGCAAGCGGCUCUGCUACGUGACCAACAACAGCAGCCGGACCCGCGUGGCCUACACCGAGAAGCUGCGGCGGUUGGGCUUCCCGCCCGCCGAGACCCGCCACAUCUUCGGCUCGGCCUACUGUGCUGCCCGCUACCUCCGCCAGGCCCUGCCGCCGGGCGCCGCCGCCUACGUGCUGGGCAGCCCCGCUCUCGCCGCCGAGCUGGAGGCCGUCGGUAUCCGGCACCUUGGGCCCGGCCCCGCCGCCCUGCCCGGCCCCGCUCCCGCCGACUGGGCCCAGGCGCCCCUGGACCCCGCAGUGCGCGCCGUCCUCGUCGGUUUCGACGAGCACUUCAGCUACGCCAAGCUGUGCCAGGCCCUGCGCUACCUCCUGCGCGGCGGCUCCGACUGCCUCCUCGUCGGUACCAACCGCGACCACCGCCUGCCGCUUGAAGGCGGCACCGCCAUCCCCGGCACUGGCUGCCUGGUGAAGGCGGUGGAGACGGCAGCCCAGCGCGAGGCCUUCAUCGUGGGGAAGCCCAACCGCUACAUGUUCGACUGCGUGGUCAGCGAGUUCAACAUCGACCCUGCCCGCACCAUCAUGGUGGGAGAUCGACUGGACACAGACAUCCUGAUGGGCAAUAGUUGUGGCCUCACUACCCUGCUGACCCUCACUGGCGUCACCACGCUGGAGGAAGUGAAAGGCCACCAGGAGAGCGACUGUCCUACCAGGCAGAGCCUGGUGCCCCAUUACUACGUCGACAGCAUAGCUGACCUUCUCCCAGCUCUGGGGGAUUAGGACAGCAAAAUGUUUGCAGCCUCUGCACCAGUAGGCUGAGGAGGGUCCCUAAGAAUCACCUUGUGACAGUAACAUACUCAUAAGAUACUACCUGGAGUUAGCAACCCUUAGCUUUUUAACCUUCCUGUCCUUGCAAUGUGCUUCUGUUUACACCUUGGUCUUUAAAUGCACUUUGAUCAAAGAGGGCAUUACGGUGUCACCCAGCUUGGGGCCUUCUUUUUAAAUGAUAACAACACAUUUAUCCAAGUGUUUGUGAUGUCACCUUGUCCUCUAGACUGAGCUGAGGAAAAUUGAGCUGGGUGAUCCAAGGAAAAAGAACCCAACACCUUGUGGUGUGUCCUUGCCCCAACAAGCUGCAGCUCAGUCUGGUUUAUUCAGGGAAAUGACUGUUGGAGUGUGUAGUAAUGCAGUGGCUGUGCUUGCAGACAUGGUGGCUGGCAGAGUUAGUGUUUGGCCUUAGAUUGAUUUGUUUUUUUCUGGACAGGUCCUAUGUAGCAGUAGAUCCACUGUGAGCAUGACCUCAGGGCACAGAAAAUGAAAUUUCACCUCCUUUAUUUAAUCCUUGAAAAUUGCACUUGAGAUGCAGGUCAGGAUGAUGCCACUCAAAAUACAAGCAGUGUCUGCUGUGUGUUGUGGUUGUCCAAGUGUUGGAUGUACAUCCCAGAAUCCCAGGAUGCUGGGGGCUGGCAGGGACCUCUGAGGAUCAUCUAAUCCAGGCGGAUGGUCGCCCACAGCAGCUUGCCCAGGAUCACAAUGUCCAGGUGGAUUUGGAAUCUCUCCAGAGAAGGAGACUCCACAACCUUUCUGGGCAGCCUGCUUCAGGGCUCCAGCACCUUCAAUGCCUAGAAAUUUUUCCUUCUGUACAUACAGAGCUACCCUGAUCCUGAACAUAGAUCAGAAUAUAUAUAAAUUAUAAAUUUAAAUAGAAUAUAUGAUAAUAUAUUUUGUUUCCCAGAAGGGAGGAUGAAAGGAAUGGACUUCAGCACUCACAGUAGGUUUCAUUUUCAGCUCUUGCAUUUGGCAAUGCAGAAAGUCUGUAACCACCUAGGACUGUCGCUCACUGCUGCUGCUUCCCAGAAGUAAGUAACCAGAUGGAUCAGUACUGAGUUAGCUCUUCCCUCAGCAUCACAGCAACUGCUUGGCUUUGCAGAGCCUGGAUUAGUGCCCAGUCCAGGGGGUGGAUGUAGGACAGCUGUAGUGCAGCUUUCCACUCAAUCUCAUGGGAAUACUGGCAGGGUGUGACAGUGGCAUGUGCUUCCUUUAAAUACUUGAGGAUAAGAUCUUCCAUGUGUGCCUGGCCUGGGGCCUGGCACUGGCUGUUUGUCCAGCAGGCAGCAGUUGCUCCCUCAGGUGAUGAUUUUGCUUCUUGGGUGUGUCUGGGCGAUGCGCAGCACAGACCAUGGGGGAGAUUUUUGUGCUGGCUCAAUCACAGGGCACAGCUGAAAGCUUUUGCUUGACAGAAUUUGGUGAAUAUGCAACCAUAUUUGUUCCCUAGAUCCCACUCUCAACAGUUAAACACUAGCCUGCCUUCCUCUUCCUGAGCUUCCUGAAGAGCUCUGACAGUGCUGAUGCCAUUUCCUUCCACAUGGACACUUAAAGCUGGACUUUGCCACCUUUUAUGUGCAGCAAUAACCUUGUGGUUCAUGUCAGCUCUUGGUGUUAGCCCACAGUAUUUGUUGCUGUCAUCAAGGGCUGUUGGUUUGGAACUCAGCUGUGUGAAGAGUGUAGAUAAUCUCUUCCCUGCUCCUGUCUGGAAGGCUGUGACUAAAAUCACAGAAAUUCUUACAAAGUGGAACUUGGGGUAACGUGGAAAUGGACCUCAUGGGUCUAAAGCAGGUAGGGGCUGACUUAAUGUUGUAAUCUUUGAUCCAGUUCCUGUGUUUGGUUCUUGCAAUGUGUCAAAUAAAGCAGAAGACACCAAACGAGGUGUCCAGUCCUGUUCCAGCACCUCUUGUCCCUGCCAAGUCCUGCCCCUGCAUGAGGGGGCUGUCACCCUGGUCCAUAUCUGAAAUGUGCUGGUGAAGGUGUCAAUCAUGCUUCAAAUCUCUGUAUCCACUUCCAAACGGUUUCUCAACCUCUACUUGAAUUAACAUUAAACUUAGAAACCUGUUUUG